GCAAUUGAUUAAACCCCAUAAAAAACUACGGAGUAAAAUUUAGUCAUUCACCCUCUGCCACAAGCCUCUGCAUUAGCCGAUUCCAAGUCCGUCAACGCCGCCGGACCGCCGACCUCAACGCCACCGAGUUGCCGACGCCCGACCCCCGUCCUCUGCCGCCUGCACGCUGGCCUCCACAACUCCAAUCAGAUCGUCAAUCUUCCAGUGCCAGGUCGCCGCAUUGCCUCUCGCAACUCAAAAACAGAACCCUAGGUCGUGGGUCAGUUGGUCUAGAGCCGCAUCUGGACUCUGCCGGGGAUAAUUUGCCACUGCGUUGCCCCCUCUAGCCACCACGGCACCACCACUUCUCCAACUAAAGGUUGUUUGGGCAUCCUUCACUGAAGUGGAAGAGCGCUGAGGAUGAUAGUUCAAACAUUGUCUCUACCCAGGCUCAGGAAACUCUUAUUCCCGCUUUGUUCUUUUUAUACUUGCACAAACCCGGUAGCUAUCUGUAUCCCCAAAUUUCAAAUCAUCCAAUCCAUUUAUUUGGAAAAUUCAACCAGAACAACACCCUUCUCGUUUGUUCUAGCCUUCUCUGCAAAGUCUUCUCCAGUUUCGCUCCUCAGCAGAGAUGGAAACUAUUAUGAAGCCACUUCAGAAGCCUUAUUUAUCUGCCCUGGUUGUGGUGUCAGCAUGCAGGGUAGUGAUUCUAUGCAACCUGGUUACUUCAUCAAUCCAUCGACUAAAUCCCACAAUUAUAAGACACUCUUUGACAGAAAUCCGAUAGUUGAUGAGGUAGAUAUAUCAAAUUCCCUUAAGAAGGGAUUUCUAAAUGAGCCGAUGGAAUCAAAAGGUGAAGAAAAAGUUGAAUUAAAUUCAACUUUAAAGUCCCCCGAGAAGCCGGUGGUUUGUGCUAGGUGUCAUAGCUUGAGACACUAUGGGAAGGUGAAAGACCCGAGGGUUGAGAACUUGUUACCUGCUUUUGAUUUUGAUCACACAGUUGGGAGGAGGUUGAUAUCUGUAACUGGGACGAGAGCUGUGGUGCUGAUGGUGGUGGAUGCAUCAGAUUUUGACGGUUCGUUUCCAAGGACGGUGGCUAAGCUGGUUUCAAAGACAAUUGAAGGGAACUCGCGGGCAUGGAAGGAGGGAAAAUCAGGGAACGUGCCUAGGGUCGUGCUGGUCGUAACUAAAAUUGAUCUUUUACCUAGCUCUGUAUCACCUAAUGGACUUGAACAUUGGGUUAGAACAAGGGCUAGAGAGGGUGGUGCGACCAAGUUGACGAGCGUACAUCUGGUAAGUGCAGUCAGGAAUUGGGGGGUAAAGAACUUGGCAAAUGAUGUGGUAGCACUGGCUGGUCCAAGAGGGCAUGUAUGGGCAGUUGGCGCACAGAAUGCUGGGAAGAGUACACUGAUUAAUGCAAUAGGUAAGUGUGUGGGUGGGAAGGUGACUCAUUUGACCGAGGCACCUGUGCCUGGGACCACAUUGGGGAUACUGAGAGUGGAAGGUGUACUCCCAAAGAAUGCCAAAUUGUUUGAUACUCCAGGCCUUCUCCAUCCUCAUCAGAUCUCAACAAGGUUGACUAGGGAGGAGCAGAAACUAGUUCGUAUGUGCAAGGAGUUGAAGCCUAGGACAUACAGGAUCAAGGUAGGAUAUUCAGUUCACGUUGGUGGGCUCAUGAGGCUUGAUGUAGAAGAAUUAUCAGUUGAUUCUAUAUACAUUACAGUCUGGGCAUCUCCUCUAGUCCCACUGCAUAUGGGAAAGACAGACAAUGCUAGCACAAUGUUGGAAGAACAUUUCGGCAAUCAGUUGCAGCCUGUAGAGAAACCGUUUGAGGGGAUGGCUUUUUCCAUGGCCAUCGCGCCAUUGAACGAACGCAAUGGAGAAGAAUGGAGGGCGCCGUUGCGAUUGGUUCCUCCAGAUGAAGUUGGGAGGAGGGACGCGAAAGAAAUCGUGGAAGACGAUCACUCAAUGAUGGGUACGUGGCUGAUGGUGGCUCUGCUGUCACCUUGCACGUCUGGAGAAUGCAAGGGUUUUGACCUACGUCACCGGGAGUUUGAGUCUUUCUUAGUGCUUCAGUAAAUAAGUCUCCUAAUUGUUCUUCGGUCUUCAUAUAUACAGUUGAAAUUUUACUCCUCUUGAUGUUUUCUUCAACAAAAUGAGUUCUCUCGUGAAAGACUGGGUUUCAUCCAAUGUGUACCGUUUCUUGAUUAACACACUGUAGUUUUGCAGCCAUUGGUGUUCUGAUUCCAAUUUAAUUCAGUCAUUGUCUCCAAAUUAUUCAGUAUUCGUUCCAUCAUCUCCGAUGGAGCCAAAAUUUCACCAUUUUUUGGCUUUGGGGUGUGAUGGAAUAAAUCAAAAUGGAUCUCUAAACUGUCUGCGCUUCUUUAAUUAAUGAAGUAGCAGUUAGUCAAGCAAUGCAACUUUCGACGUUGAGCCGGGGGUCUCUUUGGAAACAGCCUCUCUACUUUCGAGUAGGGGCAAGGU